AUUCCUGCUUCAGCUAUUAACUGUAGUCUGGGUUUUUGAAGAUGGAGACGGAAUAUGCCACAUACCGAGAAACAGUUUACCUACACUCUGAUGAAAAGAGGGGCAGACCGGUGGGUUACCGAAAACAUGAGCGGCAAGAACGGGAGACCAAAAAGGUGAAGAAAGACCUGCUGCCACUGCAGGUUUUACAGGCUUACUUGUGUUGUAGCCUAAUGUGUUUGGCAGCAAUGCCAAUUGAAGUGAUGCGCACGGCAAGAGACAGUGUUCAACAGCUGUCCUUGUUAGAGCGCUCACAGUGGAUACUCAAUUGGAUUUCUACUCACACACAGAAACCUGAAAACAAGACAGUCUUCAUAAUUGAAGGCGUGAAAGUGUGCAAAAGUGCUUGGUUGAAGUGUCUGGGGAUUCCACUUAGUACUUACUACGCCUUGUGGACAAAAUUUACAGAUGGCACCAAAUAUUUGGUGGGACCUGGCAAGGUGCUUGGAGCAAAGACUGUGGAAACACAGUAUGCAUUGUCUUGGCUGAGCAGCUUUGCCAGUCGUUAUGCUGACAAGAUGCCAGAUUCUAACAAACUUCAUCUUCCCUGCUGCUUAAAAAAAAAGAUGUGUACAACAUGAUGUGUGUGGAAGCAGAGGUGUAUGGCGAACAUCCGAUCAGCCAUACACACUUCAUGCGGGUGUGGGCCAGGUACAUGCCACACAUCAUCAUUCCUAAGAGAUCCAGAUUUUCAGCAUGUGAUGUGUGCACAAAAAUAAAGACUGAAAUUGAAAAGGCAACAUGCAGGGAGGAUAAGAAAAAACUAUUCAAAUUGAGAGAAUUACAUUUACAACAGCAGAACCAGGAACGCCAGAAGUACUAUAAGCAUGCGCAAAAGGCAAAGUUUAGCCCUGCCAGAUACCUGUCUAUCAUUCUGGAUGGGAUGGACCAGGAGAAGACAAGCCUUCCACAUUACCUGAAGGAAGCAAAGGGACUGUCUAACCUCUGGAAGGUGAAAGUUAAUCUCAUGGGUGCCAUUGUCCAUGGAUAUGGUGCCUAUGGAUUUUUUGACACCUUCCAGUGGGCUCAUGGCAGUUCCUUUGCUAUCAGUGUUCUGGUUCAUACCCUUCUGCUUAUGACCAGUCUCCCUCCUGUUCUCUACCUGCAACUAGACAACUGUCCAGGCCAAAAUAAAAACAGAUACAUGCUGGGAUUCCUGGCUGCCUUGGUGGAAUAUGGUGUUUUUCAGAAAGUCAAACUUUCAUUCCUCAUGGUGGGACAUACACAUGAGGACAUUGAUCAAAUGUUUUCCAGAUUUUCUACAUGGUUGUGGACAAAGGAGGUGAGGACACUUGAUGAACUAAUAAUUGGCUUCGAAAAAUGUUACACACCUGCACCCACAGGGAUCAAGCUCAGUGAGGUAUACAACUUUGCUGAGUACCUCGACAUGAAUCCCAUUUGUAACCACAGCAGGCCACAUGUUUUCAAAAUAAUAAAUCAGAAUGGCAAAGCUGUGAUUUACACAAAAAAGUGGUCCACCGAUAAGACUUGGAAUGUAUGCGAAGGAAACUUCUUGUUGAAGAGUUGCCCGUCAGGACCAGUUUCACAGAUUGCCCCAUCGUUGGAACGCAUUGAUGAUAAGGUCAUCAAUGAUAUGCAGACGUUUGCUUCUUUCUACAAGGACAAUGCCAUGGCCAACUACUGGGACAAAUAUUUCAAUGAACUUAAGGAAAUAGAGGACAGUUGGAUGGAUGAGCCAGUGCACAUCCUUGAUCUGCUUAUGCAGAAAAGGAGGCAAGAGGACACAGCAGCCUCAGAUGACUUAUCAGACUUGCUGGGAAUCGCAAAAAUAGACGAUCCCAUCCCUCCUGUAAUAAUAGGCAACAAGAAGGCUGCUGCUGCCUCUGCUGCUCCAGCGAAAGAAACGAUCAAAGAAGGCUUCUUUGUUUUACUUGACUGGGCGAAAUAUGCAGAUGAGUGGCCCCAGCUUGCCAAAGUCAUUAAUAUUGUAUCGCCUGCAGAGGUUGAAAUUCACUGGUACAAGGGGGCAAAAACAACAGCCUGGACUCCUGCAAGUAGGAGAAUGAAAGGCUGCAAAGGUGGUAAGACUGAACCCUUUGUUGAAACUGUGAACACCAAUGUCAUCUGGUGCAGAGGGUUCAGUCUUACCCCUUCUGGGCACUUGCCCAAACACAUUAAGGAUCAGGUAGAUGUUUAUUUUGACUAGAGCAUCUACAAACACUUAAUCACACUUCUUAUUAAGAAAUACAAUUUUCUAUGAUGAUUUCUUGUCGAAUAACCCACAGCACGAGCGAUUUGAUAACAUGCAUCUAUACUCCUUACUGUGGGUUAUUCAACAACAAACACUCAUAGAAAAAUAUUAAUUAGAUUCUAACAUGAUUCAGAUUGAUUGGUUCAAGCUUUUGAACAUAAACUAUAGUUUUCAAUACUUCGCCCUUCUAAGUACAAAGUUCCCUUUUUAGUGACGUCAUUGAAUUGUACUAACAUAUGAAGUUGUUUUCAUUCAUAAAUAUUUUGCUCAUGACUUAACUUUAAUUCAGAACAAACAUCGUAGAAACUAAAUGACGUCAUGUUUAUUGAUGCUACUGACAAGCUGAUAUGCUCUUAAUGUUUUUUAAUUACGUUUCAUAACAAAUAAAAAAUAGUAUAUACUUUCUUUUUUUCUUUUUAAGGCAAUGGCAAACAGCAAGUUUGUUUUACUUAAAAUGUUUAUUUUUAUUUAAACAAACUUUAUUUACAUCCUCAAUAAGUAUGCAUAUGUCGAGGCCUUCCUACUCCACACCUUACAAACAUAAUGUGUUAAUAGCAAUUAAAUACAUAAUUAUUGCAGAAUAACCCACACUUGAUUUCUGUAUAUAGAAAACAAGUGGCGUGAAAAAAUGCAAAACAUAGAAACAUUUUUUUGUGGCAAUUGGUCAUUCGCCUUAAACUAAUAAGAGUAUCAUCUGAAAACAUGGAUUUCUGUUUUCAUAAUGAUAAUUGAUUACCGUGGUAUGCAAGGUUAAUAAUUGUAUGCCUUAACUGGUUAAUGAAAUUCAAAAGCAAAAAAAAUUCCUCAAUCUUUUAAGGAAAACACUUUGUGUCAAACUUGGAUUUAUGAUAAUAGUUUAUUUGUUUCACACCAACAAAAGCAUAAGAGCAGAGGAAAUAAAAGUAAUGAUAGAAGUGUGAUUAAGUGUGUGCAUUUCAACCUCUGCAUGUGGUGGCAGUGGUGUAGUGGUUAUGGUGUCUGUCUAGCCUAAUAAAUAGGGUAUAUUAUGUGAGUGUCCAAUAGAGAUCAAGUUUAUCGUGCAAGCUUCAAGCCAAGCGUUAUAAUCUUGAUCUCUAUCCGACCCUCAAAUAAUAUUACAUUUAUCCGAUUAAUUUGUGGUCGUUUAUCGCCCUAAAAUCAAAGCAAUAGCAAUGCUUUCCCAAUAUUUGCAAUGAGCUAUUUGUUUACUUUAAACAUCAUCAUUUGUUAUGACAUCAUGUUGUAUCAUACAGUGUUUUAAAAGUAGAGAUCGCAAAAAAACAUGCUCAACAAAUAUCAAUAGUUUAGAGCUCAAGUUUAUAGUAUCAGUAGUUAUUCUAUCGGUUUUUAUGUAGAAAUAGGAUAAACUUUGUGAAGGAGUGGUCGAUCCUACUUCAUACCUUACAAACAAGUAGUAAUUGAAUACAGAAACUGUUGUGUUUGUAUACAGCUACAUGGUUUGCAAGUUUAUAAACAGAAUGCAAGUUUAUAAGAAGUGUACAAUGUAUGCAUGUGUACUUAGUAAAUCUUUGUAAAAGCACAGAAAAUACAAGUACAACAUGUAGUAACUAUACUUUCUAUAUAAGACAGGGAUCUUAAUUAUAGUAACAUAAUAUGGAAAUUUGUAAUACAAUCACUGUUUUCUCGUGUAAAUGGUAAAUACAGAUUUGAAAAGAAAAUGUGAUACCAACACCACAGUGUAUAGUUCAAAUAUUCAUUUCAGUGCACAUCAAUUUAACACAAGGACAUUUUUUCGUUAUGGGUCCAUAGCAUAAAUAAUGCAACAACUGACCAAUUUGGAAAUUCCGAGUCUAGGGAAAUGGUGUGCUUUUGAAUUUCCCAUGCUAGUUGAAAAGUCUUUCCUAGCCCUGGACAUGUUGGGAUUUUACUAUUUUUUUUACAAAUAAAAACAUACAAUUUUAUUUCAAGAAUAAAAUAAAAUAAUGAUGGGGUCAAUUCUUCAUAAAAAAAAUCCAACGAGCACAUGUUGGCAAGAACUGUUGGGCAAAUUGAUGUUGUUCAGAAUCAUUGAAUGUUUUAUAUAGUUGAAAAUGGAUUGAAGAGAUGAGUUAAGGUUUCCUCAUGUUUUUUACAAAAAUAACAUGAUAGAUUGUCAUUUAAACUUUUCAUUUCAUAUAUAACAGAGAUUUUGUACCAAAGAUUCUGUGUACAAUUCUAGUUUGAAGAAAUUGUAUAUAUGUAUCUCUGGAGUUUUAAAAAACAAAGUUAUGUGUAAAUUUCUAAUCAAUAUUAUUAAAUAACAGAGAUUUUGUACCCACAAUUCUGUGUACAAUUCUAGUUUGAAGCCAUUGUAUAUAAUGUAUCUUUGGAGUUUUUAAAAACAAAGUUAUAUGUGAACUUCCAAUCAAUAUUGUUAUAUAUUUCAAUCUAUUUAUUUUAUCUUGUUGGUUUUUCUAUAAUUAAUGUGUAUGUGCU